UUUAUCUGAACUUGUCUGGAGUUUCUGAAUUUUGGGAAGAGUAUAUGAUAAAAUAAACUUUCUAGAUUUUAAACAUUUCGAAUAAACAUUAAUUACAAGUUAUAAAAAGUAAAAUUCCAUGUGAAACUUUUCGAUGACAUAUUAAAUGUGUAAUUCGAUAUAUGCAUUCAACUGUGAAAGAGAAUCCUGUGAGCAAAGAUGAAAUGAAUGGGAUGUCAUAGUAGUUUUUUGUGACGAUUCUGUUAUAAAUUGAUUUUCUGGUAGAGUGUUAUGACUGAUCGCAUUUUUGGUGUUGGAGUAGGAGUUUUUGUAAUUGCUAUCGUAUGGAUCAGCGCAAUAUGUCUGGCAGUUCUGUUUUCUAAAACGAAACGCCCUGUCUCAUUUCUUGGAUUUGGGAGCAUUUUGAUUGCUUUUUUUAUAACUGUUGUUCUUCUCUUCAUACCUCGAGAAUCUCAAGCAUCAUAUCCUGAGCCAGAAAUAUUGCCACCAGAUUACUUGUUUGUCUGGAGAAUUACUCUUUUAGCAUUUUUACUUGUUAGUUUUAUUGUGGCUAUUAUUUUGAUGAUAACUGAAUAUUGGGCUGUUCCAAUGUCUGCAAAACCUUUAAAAAAGGUUAUCCGUAAAACUUAUAUAGUGGAAACUAAGUAAUAAACUAAGUAAUAUGUAUUGUUAACUGCUAUA